AUGGUCGGCACUCGUUCAUCGUUGUUUUAUCUACUCUGUUCGAUCCUGAUUCUUCCCCCCAGUGAUUCAAACGAGUUAACAGAUUUUGGACAUCAACAACUGAAAAAUGUCCACGAACUCGGAUCGGUUGUUGUGAAUAAUGUGCAGGGUAAAGGCGAGGAUGAGGAAGAAUAUCCUUUUCAAAAAGCAUACUAUUCGUAUAAAGUGCAAUCUAAUGAGUUGUUAAAAGAUGUACUCUUAGACCCGCCAAUCGACUACGUAACGCCAAAAGGAUACAGCUUGGUGUUGGAACCAAUUGUUCACUUUUGCCAAAAUGUGGACAAAAGUAUUAUCAAGAAAUUUUCUGCAUUCGGAUCAGAAGAGAAGGUGUACAUCAACGUCGAUGUCGAUUUGAGAGACCAAAUGACCAAUGACUCGACGAUUGUGUACAAACUUAAGGCGAUUAAAAAUGAUAAUGACUUGACUACGAUCGGUGGUUCUACAACUGUACUCAUCAGAAUUUUUCAAUUUCUACCCACGCCAGACACCGUUCUUGCGUUUGAAGAACCAAUUUAUUCCUUAAAGCUGUCUUAUGGCCACAUAGGCAAAGUAUUCAAAUUUAAGACCAUACAAACCACACACAAAGCAAAAGAAAAAAAUUCGAAUAAUUUGGAUGGUUUGGAAUUUGAAAAACAACCGGAAAACGAUAAAUAUUUUUCAAAAAACGAAUACUCUUUCAAGGGAAAUUACACUUUGGAAUACGUGCCUGAACAACUUCUAACGAAAUUGAGGGUUACUGAUGACGGUGAAUUGGAGGUCAUGGGAAAUAUCGACGAAGGGUACUACAGUUUCGACAUUGUAGCAGUCGACUAUGGUCCUAAUUCUACGACUGUUUUAAAAGACAGGUCAAAAGUGUACAUGUUUAUCGACAAUGUAGCGGCGUGUAAUUCGUACACGUCUAAAUUCAUCAGAGCAUUCAGUAAACACUAUAUAACCGAAGAGACUAACCUAAUAACUGCUGUUCCGGGCACCGAAUCGAGCGGUCAAUGUAGAUUUUCGAUAUCACAUCAAUAUCCAUUUGGUGUGGGAGCGGACUUCUUCUCCAUCGAUAAGACGACGGGUGCCGUUCACGUGAAAAGUCCCAUCGACCGGGAGGCAUACUCAUUUGAAGACAUGGAAGAACCGUCCGUGUACCUGAAGCUAAAGAUCCAUUGUCCUCCGUUGGAUGAUCCACCGGCCACCUACCUCUGCACUUGUCCGACGUGGACCAAAUCGUUUACGACCCGACUACCACUCGUUGGGUAUCCCGUGCAGGACGUAGCUAACAACAUUAUUCCCAAUCACCUCCUGCAGGUCAAGGCGAUAGACAAGGACGCGGGAAAACACGGAAAAAUACAAUACUCGCUGAGAGGAAACGACGCUAACGACUUUAUCAUUAACUCGGAGACAGGAACAAUAUACUGUGCAAGUCUGGUGGACGACAGCACUGUGAGCAAAUAG